AUGGGUGGACGCCAAUCAGUUCAAACCGAUUUACAUAUAAAUGAAGUACGUUUUUGUGGAGUGCAGAAAUCAGCAAUGUUGUUAUUAAAUAAGGGCAUCACUAGCGUCAAUGUUCAGCUCUUGUUGAUUUGGUUAGCAACGACACGUCGACCGCGAUCUGAUUCAGUGGCCGAUGCAACAGCAGUGUCAGCUUCAGCUUCAGCUAAUCAUCGUAAUUCGCAUUUGAUCGCUGGCAUUGGUAGUAUCAGCAACCUUAGGGGACGAAUUGGCAAUGAUAGCACAUCGGAUUCUGAUGAAGAUGCACCAGGAACAAGCGUUCUUUUAAACCCUGGUUCUUCUGCUGAUACACGACCAGUAGGGUUUUCCGUUUCACAUUUACGAACACAUAGAGGCUCACGCGAUGCUCCCGCACGACGGUCGAUGCCAGUAUUGCAACUUCUAAGUC